UAGAGAGAAGGGAAGCGGCCGGGAGAGCAGGGAGAGAAAAGCCAAGUUACGAGUUACGAGAAUGAUCAUAAAAAGUACUUCGACACACAACUUCUAAACAUUACAACGGUACUUACGUUCCAGCAUUUUGCAGGCCUCGCCAAUUCUUCCACGCACGAAGUUCUGGUAAACGUAUCUCAUCUCGGAGAUCGAGCUCGAGGAUUAUACUUUUCAUACGUACCACGGAUACCUAACGUAAUUAAAAAUGGUUAAAGUACGAUAUACUCGCAAUUUGUUUCUACGAGGAAUGUGUAUUAUAUAUCUCUCUGCGUUCCUUAGUUUUUAUAUACAAAUCCCAGGAUUGUACGGCGAGAAUGGAAUCCUACCCGCUAGGACGCAAUUGGAUCUAAAAGGUCGUUUACCUCUUCUUAAUAAGUUGAAGCAGAAACCAACAUUGCUGUGGUUCGCUCCAUACUUUGGACUGAACGUGGAGUAUAUGCUAGAUGUGUUAUCUCUUAUCGGAGUAUUAUUUUCAUUUGGAGGAUUCAUUAGUCAAAAAUUUUGCGUGUCACUGGUAUUUGCGCUACUCUGGUCGCUAUAUUAUUCCCUCUAUCAGAUCGGCCAGACGUUUAUGUGGUACCAAUGGGAUGUGCUGUUAUUGGAAGCUGGAUUUUUAUGCAUACUGAUAGCACCCUUUUUCCACUCGAAGCACGGGAAAGUUAGCAGUCCGACCGACAAAAUAACAUUCUGGACUGUACGCUGGUUACUCUUCCGCUUGAUGUUCUCUAGCGGAGUAGUGAAGCUUACGUCUGGUUGUCCUAUUUGGUGGAAAUUAGAUGCUCUCAGCGUACAUUUCGAAUCGCAGUGUCUACCCACUUCACUGGCGUGGUAUGCCCAUCAUUUGCCAACAUGGUUUUUACGCUUCGUUACCGUGAUCGUUAACGUCCUCGAGCUCGUCAUUCCGUUCUUAUUCUUCUUUCCAAACAGGAAAGUGAAAAUCAUUGCAUUUUACAUGCAGGUAUUCCUGCAAGUGCAUAUUAUCGCGACAGGGAAUUACAACUUCUUCAAUUUCCUAACCAUCUGCUUAUGCAUCUCUCUGCUCGAUGAUCAGUUUUUCUAUAAAAAGAAAGCGAGAAGCGACUCGACCAGCAAUAGUACCAAGUUUUUAUCUACGAUAACAUGCAUUGCAGUUUACGCAGCAAUUGUUUUUGCUACCUAUGUAUAUUAUAAUCUUCGAAUCACCGAUACGUGGACUAUUCAAUGCGAUAUCGCAUUUACGCAAGAGCAGUUCAAUUAUGUUUUAUCUCAAGCAAUUCCAGUGUCAAUCUGCAUUGGCAUAAUAUCUCUUAUAAUUUUGGCGAUAAGAGCGAUAGUUGCGUCUCUGUCAACGGCUAAAGGGAUACGAAAUAAGACGUUCGGAUUGCUUCUAACAUGCAUUUAUACGGCUGCAGUUUGUCUCAUUUUUGGUAUAAGUAUUGUGCCGUACGCCACACUACAUCAGUCUCACAAUUCAACAAUACCGGUUCAAUUAAAGCAAAUGCACGGGAAAGUCGAGCACCUCCAACUCGUCAAUAGUUAUGGAUUGUUUCGACGUAUGACCGGUGUCGAAGGCCGACCGGAAGUGAUCAUCGAAGGAGCUAACAGCAUCGACGGUCCAUGGAAAGAAUAUGAAUUUUUGUACAAACCAGGAAACGUUAAUAACUCUUUACCGCUCGUAGCUCCUCAUCAGCCACGACUUGACUGGCAAAUGUGGUUCGCAGCAUUAGGCACUUAUCAUCAAAAUCCAUGGUUAAUGUCGUUAGCCUACCGUCUCUUGAAUGGUCAACCAGAAGUACUAGUUCUAUUGAACAAUGUGGAAAAUCCGUUCCGUGACAAUCCACCGAAAUAUAUAAAAGCUAGUCUGUACCGUUAUCAUUACACUUCGUGGUCCCAGUCGAACAAACAAGCCUGGUGGACGAGGGAAAAGAUCGGUGAUUACUUCCCGAUAUUUAGUUAUGAUCAUCCACCGCUUGUCGAGUAUUUGUCGAAAAUGAAAAUUAUUGUGGAGAAGCCGUCUUUCAAAGUAACGAACGAACCACUGAAACUGCUCCUCGACAAUCUUAGGUCUCUAAGUACCAAAGUCGAAGCUAGCCUCCUUCUGUGGGGAGUUCUCACGGCAGGUUUCGCGAUCAUAUUCACUAGUGUCAACAAUUCGAUGUCGAAGAAGAACUCAGAGUCUCGUUCGAAACAUGCCUAAACCUCUACUCAGGGACCGGACCAGUUAUUCAAUUCCCAUUACAUUACUUGUAACAUACCUAUGCGACGUACAUAUAUUUAUAUACAUACGUUUGUUGUUGAACCCUGAGUUAGAUAAAUCGAGAUUGUCCUCCCGA